AUGCCAAGCCAUCCAGCUUCCCAUGCAGCCAUUAUGCCGGGCUAUGCAGCAGCACAUGGGGACGCUGAGGCAGGGAAGGAGAGCGGCGAUGGAGAGGAGGCGUGGGAUGGGUGGGGGGAAGGGAGUGAUGACGGUGGGGCAGGUGAAAUGGAUGACCCUCAGCUGGAGCUGUAUCGAAGCGAAGUGAGGGAGCAGCAGGCCGAGUUGGCUCGGAUGAGGGAGCAGCUGUCAGACCAGGAGCUGCGGCAGCAUGUGAUGUCAGCAUGCCCCAUGCCUUCACCAGAGCCGCAGCCGAAUAGGCCAAUAGCAGCAGCACCAACACCAGCAGCAACAGCACCAGCAGCAGCAGCAGCAGCAAGGGCAGCCACCCCUUCGAGUUACAGGAUCGCAAUGAAGCAAAGAACAGCAGCAGCAGCCGCCGCUGCUAGGGCAGCCACUCCCGCCAGUUACAGGACCCCAGUGCAGCAAAGAGCAGGAUUCGCUGCUGCCAGUGCUGCUGCUGCAGGGAAUGCAAGUGCGGGUGUGGGGCAUAUGGAAGGGCACUUGAACGGGGGGCAUGGAGCAGGGGGGGGAGAAGCAGCGGAGCAUGGGGAGGAGGGGGGAGGCGAGCGGAUUCGGCUGCGGGUGACUGGGAGCCUGGGAGAGCACAUGUUUCGACUGGCCAAGGGCGACAAGCUGGAAAAGCUGUUCACGGCGUAUGCCAACAAGGUGGGGGGGUUGCCAGUGGGCUCGUUCAAGUUUGUCUUUGAUGGCGAUGCGCUAAAGGGUGAUUCAACACCGGCAGACCUGGACCUAGAGGAUGAGGACCAGAUAGAAGCUGUGCGGAAAUAA